GCUAGAGCUGUGGAGAGCUGAGGGAGAGAGAAGCUGGGAGAAGGGGAAGGAGCCAUUGUAGCAACAGCUUUGGAGGUUGGGUGGGUGGCGGGAAGUCUCUGGAGGAGAGGAAAGAGGAGACAGCUUAUAGGGGAACUGAGAGAAGGGGUCAGGAAGGACCCUGCAGCUCGGAAUUGACAGCUCUGUGGCAGCAGUGCUGCAAAGAGGGGGUGGGGAGAGGCAAGAGGACGCUGCUGCAUGCAUGCAGCGCGCUGACUCCCAAAGCGUCCAGGGGGAAUGUGACAUCAGCGCCGGGCGCUGGCGGCUGAAAGAGGCAGCAGCGGCAGCAGCUCUCCUCAGAAGUGCCUCGAGCUCGGCGCCCCCUGGAGAAGACCCCCGACCUUUGCCCAAAGCAGGCAUGUCGGCCAAGGAGAGGCCAAAGAGCAAAGUGACCAAGGACAGCGUCACCUUACUACCUUGCUUUUAUUUCGUGGAGCUGCCUAUCUUGGCCUCCUCUGUUGUUAGCCUCUACUUCCUGGAACUCACAGAUGUCUUCAAGCCAGUGCACUCUGGAUUCAGCUGCUAUGACCGGAGCCUCAGCAUGCCCUACAUUGAGCCCACCCAGGAAUCUAUUCCAUUCCUCAUGUUGCUUAGCUUAGCUUUUGCUGGACCUGCAAUUACGAUAAUGAUAGGAGAAGGCAUUCUCUACUGUUGCCUGUCCAAAAGGAGGAAUGGAAUUGGAAUGGAGCCCAACAUAAAUGCAGGAGGCUGCAACUUCAACUCUUUCCUUAGAAGAGCCGUCAGAUUCGUUGGAGUUCAUGUAUUUGGACUUUGCUCUACUGCUCUCAUCACUGAUAUCAUACAACUGUCAACAGGGUACCAAGCACCAUAUUUUCUGACUGUAUGCAAGCCGAACUACACAUCUCUGAAUGUAUCAUGCAAAGAAAAUUCCUACAUUGUAGAAGAUAUCUGCUCAGGAUCUGACCUCACAGUCAUUAACAGUGGAAGAAAGUCAUUCCCUUCUCAACAUGCUACCCUAGCAGCCUUUGCAGCUGUGUACAUUUCAAUGUACUUCAAUUCUACGUUAACGGAUUCUUCUAAGCUCCUGAAACCUCUCCUGGUGUUUGCAUUUAUCAUCUGUGGUAUCAUCUGUGGCCUAACGCGGAUAACCCAGUAUAAGAACCACCCGGUCGAUGUCUAUUGCGGCUUUUUAAUAGGAGGAGGAAUUGCUCUAUACUUGGGAUUGUAUGCUGUGGGGAACUUUCUGCCAAGUGAAGAGAAUAUGUUUCAGCAUAGAGAUGCUCUCAGAUCUCUGACUGACCUCAACCAAGACCCAAGCCGAGCCUUAUCUGGUAAAAAUGGUAGCAGUAGUGAUGGGAUUGCUCAUACUGAAGCAAUCCUAAACCGAAACCCAAGAGAUGCAAGCUCACUGACAAACCUCAAAAGGGCAAAUGCUGAUGUGGAAAUCAUUACCCCACGAAGUCCCAUGGGGAAGGAGAAUAUGGUCACAUUCAGUAACACAUUACCCAGGGCCAACACCCCAUCGGUGGAAGAUCCUGUGAGAAGAAACGCAACAAUUCAUGCCUCCAUGGAUUCUGCCCGCUCAAAGCAGCUUCUCACCCAGUGGAAGAGCAAGAAUGAAAGUCGGAAAUUAUCCUUGCAAGUCUUAGAGCCUGAACCUGGCCAGUCUCCACCAAGAUCCAUAGAAAUGAGGUCAAGCUCUGAACCAGCAAGGGUAGGGGUUAAUGGAGACCACCAUGGGCCUGGAAAUCAGUACCUAAAAAUCCAGCCUGGAAAUGUCCCAGUAUGUAACAAUAGUAUGCCUGGUGGACCAAGGGUGUCUAUUCAGUCUCGACCAGGUUCAUCACAACUGGUGCAUAUUCCUGAGGAGACCCAGGAAAACAUAAACACUUCUCCUAAAAGUAGCUCUGCUAGAGCCAAGUGGCUGAAAGCUGCUGAGAAGAGUGUUGCUUGUAGUCGGAGCAAUAGCCAACCUCGGAUUAUGCAGGUCAUCGCCAUGUCAAAGCAGCAAGGAGUCUUACAGAGUAGUCCAAAGAACACUGAAGGUAGCACAGUCACCUGCACUGGGUCUAUCCGUUACAAAACCUUGACAGAUCAUGAACCUGGUGGGAUUGUGAGAGUUGAAGCCCAUCCUGAAAACAAUCGACCAAUCAUCCAGAUCCCAUCUUCAGAAGGUGAAGGGAGUGGAUCUUGGAAAUGGAAAGCCCCUGAGAAAGGUAGUCUUCGUCAAACCUAUGAGCUCAAUGACCUCAACAGAGACUCCGAGAGCUGUGAGUCCCUAAAAGACAGUUUUGGGUCCGGAGAUCGGAAGAGAAGCAACAUUGACAGCAAUGAGCACCAUCAUCAUGGAAUCACAACCAUCCGUGUCACUCCUGUAGAAGGAAGUGAAAUUGGCUCAGAGACAUUGUCCAUCUCCUCAAGCCGUGACUCCACAUUGAGGAGAAAGGGUAACAUCAUCUUAAUUCCUGAAAGAAGCAACAGCCCAGAAAAUACUCGGAAUAUCUUCUAUAAGGGAACCUCCCCAACACGAGCUUACAAAGACUGAGCAAUGACCAUUGCUGUGGGCUGAUCCACCCCAGAAAGAUCACAUGUCAGUAUCACUAGUGUUCUAUAUGUAUUUUUUGAGCUGGUAUAGAAAAAAUAACCACUCACUAUGCCAAGUCAUUCAUCAUCAGCCCACCUGUUGAUAAAAGGCAAGGAACUGUCAUUUGCAUGGGCUUUUGUAUUUCUUUUGAGGGGGGGAACAAAGCACAAUGCAAGAACCUAACCAAUGUGAAGCAUUUUCCUAUAACAUGUUUCUCCAGACCCAGAAACAUCAAGUAAUAAUUUUUAAAAAGACAUUUUGUUCUGUGAAUGUGCCAACUUUGGGGGACUUUAUAUUUACAUCUGGGAUCAAGAAUAUAUGUACAUGUAUAUGUAUAUAUAGAGAUAGAUAGAUGUAUAUUUCAUUAUAUAUUGACUUCACCUACUCUUCACCCCACAUUUGAUAACAGGUGGUGCUGUUCUAAUGUUAACAUAUUUGACCAUUUAAACUUUUAUCUGUGACAUGUUGGUGUGCAGUUCCUUGUAGAGAAAUACUGCUUUAUGAUGAGGAUGCUAGCUGCAUUGUCGUAGAAUAGGAAAUCCUCCUUGCUUCCUUGUAGUGGCUCUGUCACAUUAAAUGGUCGAGAAGGUCGUGUGUAUCUUUCCUUGAUGUGCUUUCUACAAAGGCCCUCAGUGGCAUUUCACUGAGAUGUUAUGACCAACCCUUCUUCUGCACAGUUUCAUUGCUGCUCAAUUUCAUCUAAAUACAGGUGCUACUAAUGAAGACCCUACUUCUUAGUGGGUAAACUUGUAUGAUUGUUUUGAAUAUUUUUCCCCAAGGUUUUCUUUAAGGGACACAAUCAUAUUUGACAUUUCCAUGGCUUCCCCCUCUUGUCUUGUGAGCUUUAUGGUUAUUUUCCUAUUUCUUCUAAAGAUCACUAUCAAUCAUAUCCUGAACAAGACAUGCUAAUAUAUUCUUGGAAACUGAGAUAACCCAAACUUGGCCCUUAGUAGUUGCCAACAACUGAAACAGUAAUGGUUCAAGACAACU